CAAAGAAAUCCUCUCCUGCCACAACGUCGGGUGUGGACGACAGCUACAUUGUCUUCUCGAACGCCAAAGACAAGCCGAAAGGUUCCAAAAAUGCGGGAGACAAACCUGGAAAUGCGUCAUCAGCGCCGACAAAACCCAAGACUGCCGGAAACAAAGGUGGACCUUCUCCGGAGGAGCUUCUGGGCGAGGGCCCGAAGAAGCCGACAACCCGCGCGUUGAUUGGAGGCGCAUCAUGGACGGGCAAGCUGCCGGUGAAUAUGCUUUCAGAGCAUUGCCAGAAGCAGCGGUGGGAGAAGCCAGAAUACACAAUGAGCAAAACUGACGGUGGGUUUUCCUCAAUGGUCAUUCUCAAAGCGACAAAUCCAAAAACUCGAGAGACAACAACGCUCGCGCCCUUUAAAUUGCCGCCGACGCAUAAACAUCUAGCUGUACAGCCUUCACCCGUUGAGGCACGUCACUUUGCCGCGACCUAUGCGCUUUUCCGCGUGUCCAGCAUGCGAAAUAUCCAGAUGAUGCUUCCCCCCAAUUAUCGCGAUCUUUGGAAGGGUGCAUUUCAGGAUUUGAAAAAGGAAGAUGUCAGGGAAGGUCGAGGGUGGAUGUACGAGGCCGAUCCGUUUCUGGCCAAGCGCGAGAGAGACGACGCACAGGCGGCCAUAGUCAAGCAGAGGGAAGAGCGUGAGAAACAAAAGGCAAAACAGGCAAGCCAACCGGGAGCCCUUGGAGGCGCUUCUGGGGCAGGAGGCGCUGGCGGAGGGAAUGUCAUGAAAGGCUGGACUAGAGCCGCGAAGAUUGAGAUGGGCAAGCGGAUGCGCAGUACAAUCGAGAGACUUAUCAGAACCCAUGCAGUAUGGAACGCAUAUAGUGUUCAAAUUCCGAACACGCAGCGAAAGAAGAUUGUCGACGAGCUUUGCACUCUGGGCUUCCGCAAAAGUCACGCCGAAGAGGCCGUUCAGCAAUGCAAAGACCAGGAGGAGGCACUUGAGUGGCUUCUUGUACAUGUCCCAGAGGAUGAUCUUCCCAAGUGGAGUUUGCCGGAAGGCUACGUCGCUGGAAUCAGCAUGGCGAGCGGUGAUCUCAGGCGUGAAGCUGCGGUCAAGCGCCUGGCAGCUGCGGGAUAUGCAACGGAGUUGUGCGAAAAGGCAUUUGAUGCGCACCGUGGUGAUGAAGGAAAGGCUGCAGAGACGCUUCAGCGAGUACUUUUGCAUGAUGAUGAAGAUCCUUUUGGUACUGACACGCCUGACGUUUCCUCACUGGAGAUUGCAGAUGGCAAUGAGGACGGCGAGAUGUCGGUAUGGGAUGAAGAACAGAUUACUCUCGAAGCAAUCUUUGGAGAACGUUUUCAAUCGCCCUCUCCAAACGUUUGCAGAAUCCAGCUGGAAGUUCAAAAAGCCAAGAAGCCGUUUACUUUACAGGUUCGAAGACCGUCACGCCCCUAUCCAGCCUGUAUACCCAUCAUAUCCGUCACCGCAGAGGGUUUGCCGGCGUAUAUCCGCUUGAGCAUCAUCCGGCGGACCGCGGAGUAUGCUGAGAUAAGUCUAAUUGGCGAGCAAAUGAUCUUCAACCUUGUCGACUGGCUCGAACACGAAAUUCCAAACAUCAUUGAGAAUCCAGGCCGACUGAGUGACAUUUCGUCUGCUGCUUCUGCGGCUGGAGAAGUCCAAGCAGCACCAAAGCCUGUGCCGGGCAAGUCCAAACCUAGAAGGGCACCGAGACAGAUCAACUGGCAGCCUGGUACCGAGGCAAGUCUCUCGGCGCUCUCUCGUUGGCAAUCGGCAAUGAACCAACCGGCCGGGAAGAAGAUGCUUGCUGCGAGACAAUCGCUUCCAGCCUGGAGUCUCAAGGACAUUCUCGUCAAGACAGUCAACGAUCACCAGGUCACUAUCAUCUCUGGAGAGACUGGUUCAGGUAAAUCGACACAGUCGGUUCAAUUCGUCUUGGAUGACUUGAUCCGGAGACAGCUCGGUGGAGCGGCGAACAUUAUAUGUACACAACCGCGCAGGAUCUCAGCACUCGGUCUCGCAGACCGUGUGAGUGAGGAGCGCUGUUCUACAGUUGGUGACGAAGUCGGAUACGCCAUCCGCGGCGAAUCAAAGCAGAAGCCGGGAACGACAAAAAUCACGUUUGUCACGACAGGUGUGCUCUUACGAAGAUUACAAACAUCCGGUGGCAGCGAGGCGGACGUAGUCGCAGCCCUCUCCGACGUGAGCCACGUGGUGGUCGACGAAGUCCACGAGCGAAGCUUAGACACCGACUUCCUCCUCGUGCUCCUCCGUGGCGUACUUCAAAGGCGAAAAGACCUUAAGCUCAUCCUUAUGAGUGCCACUCUCGACGCCGAAAUCUUUGAAAACUACUUCAGAGGUUCCGGCAAAGUUGGCCGGGUCGAGAUCCAAGGCCGCACGUUCCCCGUUCAAGACUACUACCUCGACGACAUUUUGCGCAAAGUCAACUUCACGUCCUCUUCGGGCGGCAAAGAGCUCGAAGAUGACGAAAGCGGCGACGGUAUUUCCUCUCAGGAGAGUUCUGUCGCCAACGCCAUCCAAAGGAUUGGCAUGCGAAUCAACUACGACCUCAUCGCGAGAACCGUUCAAUACAUUGACGCCGAACUCGGCGACCAGGACGGCGGUAUCCUCAUCUUCCUCCCUGGUACACUUGAAAUCAACCGCACCCUCGACGCCGUCAAAGCCAUUCCCAACAUCCACGCCCUCCCAUUGCACGCGUCUCUCCUCCCCGCCGAGCAACGGCGCGUGUUUCCUCCCGCACCCAAAGGCAAGCGCAAAGUGAUCGCCGCCACCAACGUGGCCGAAACGUCCAUUACAAUCCAAGACAUUGUUGCAGUCAUCGACACGGGCCGGGUCAAAGAGACCAGCUUCGACCCACAAAACAACAUGGUCAAGCUCGAAGAAGUAUGGGCCUCGCGCGCCGCAUGCAAGCAGCGUCGCGGUCGAGCGGGUCGUGUCCGCGCCGGCGAAUGCUACAAGCUGUACACGCGCAAUGCUGAAAUGAGCAAAAUGAUGGAACGGCCGGACCCGGAGAUCCGGCGCGUGCCGCUCGAGCAGCUCUGUCUCUCCGUCAAGGCCAUGGGCGUACAAGACGUGCCCUCGUUCCUCGCCAGCGCCCUUACUCCGCCGGAAAGCAUGGCCGUAGAGGGCGCCAUCGACUUACUCGGCCGCAUGGGCGCGCUGGACGGCGACUCCCUCACCGCUCUCGGUCGUCAUCUCGCCAUGAUCCCUGCCGACCUGCGCUGCGGCAAGCUCAUCGUCUACGGCGCAGCGUUUGGCUGUCUCGAAGCCUGUCUCACCGUCGCUGCCAUCCUGACUGUCAAAAGCCCCUUUGUCUCUCCUCAGGCCAAGCGCGACGAAUCCAAAGCCGCCCGAGCAGCCUUUGCCAGAUCCCACGGCGACCUGCUCGGCGACCUGCGCGCCUACGAGGAGUGGCUGGAAGUGCGCAAAACGUCGACAUCCCAGCGAGAAGUCCGCGCCUGGUGCGACGACAACUUCCUCUCCUUCCAGACCCUCAUGGACAUUUUGUCCAAUCGGUCCCAGUACCUCACCUCGCUCAAAGAAAUCGGUUUUAUCCCCGUCACGUACCACAGCUCGUCGUCACUCAACAGCGGGUUCAACAAGAACAACGACAACGAUGGACUCAUCCGCGCCCUCAUCGCCGGCGCGUUCAAUCCCCAGAUCGCCCGGAUCGAGUUCCCCGAGAAGAAAUUCGCCGCGUCCAUUUCCGGCGCGGUCGAACUCGAUCCUGAAGCCCGUAUGAUCAAGUACUUUAAUCAAGAGAACGGACGGGUCUUUGUCCAUCCGAGCUCCACCUUGUUUGACGCCCAGUCUUUCCCUGGUUCCGCUGUCUUUAUGAGCUACUUUAACAAAAUGGCGACCAGUAAGGUCUUUAUCAGGGAAUUAACUCCAUUCAACGCAUACACCCUCCUUCUCUUCUGCGGCAAAAUCACACUCGACACCCGCGGCCGUGGUCUCCUCGUCGACGACUGGGCCCGUCUCCGCGGCUGGGCGCGUAUCGGCGUGCUCGUGUCCCGGCUCCGGUCCAUGCUCGACGCCGUGCUCGCUCGCAAGCUCGAGGACCCGUCUCUCGACCUGGCCAGCGCGAGGGACGAGAGUGAGAUUAUCAAUGUGGUUGCGAAACUUGUCGAGUUGGAUGGAAUGGAUCGAUGACGUUCUAGUCUGGGGGGGGGUUUUUUUUGGCUAUAUUUUGUUGUUGUUUUGUCUUGUUUCUAUAUAUCAUUAGGUUUUCUUCUUUUAUCAUUUUUGCCAUUCCUAUUAGACUUUCAUCACCAUCUUCCUCCUCUUCCUCCUCCUCUUCAUCUUCUUCGUCGCC